AUGCUCUACACGGUCGAGCCAAGACAAGCGGUCCAUCUGGGUCUGAUGAUCACUUGCCGAAUUGCACACGAAGAGCUUAAGCACAUUGUCUUCCGAAAACUCCAAUUCAAGACACAUCAUUCAUAUGAUGAAGACCUUUCAUAUAUGGGCGUACGCUCACGUGCAGGUCGUUUCAAGUGUAUGUUGAGACUCGUUGAACGACAGAAGCGACGAAUGUUAAUCAAGGUGUUUGAGCUGCUACAGCCUGACGACUUACACGAACUGUAUACUCGCUUCCCUACGGUCAAGAGAUGGUUCGAUAUACCGUUGCGGCAAUCAGUGGUUGAACAAGUCGACAAACUGGAAGCGACCGAGGGCUUCUCUGGGGACGAGGAGGAUCAUGAACUCUCUGAAAGCGCAUUCGCACACGCACUGCAGUAUGCUUUGGUAUGCGCAAAGGAUCGCAAUCGCGCAGACUUUGUUAGACUUACCCGUGGUCUAUUUGGCGUGGGACAAUGCCCUAUCGACUGGGCAGCAAACUAUACACAAAGCAACAUCUUCGUAGAAGGUGCGCUGUAUGAUGUGUAUUCCUGGAACCCCGAGCCUUGGUCCCUUCCAGACGAUGCUGAAUUGGCUAAGCUGGAGGCUCUUCUCUGCGUCCCGGGCGACACGGACACUCAGCUUCCAACUAACGACGAAGGCACCUUCUACUUUCCGGAUCUGAAUACGCACAUAAAAGCAGCUAAGGAGCGAUGGUUCUUUUCUGCCGCAUCUAUUGCGAUAGAUUUCUUGAGACAAAUGUCACCAGAGAGAAGGCACAACAUGCGCACGAUAGUGCUCAACGAAGACUUCAAAGCAGUGUCUCGAUCUGAAUGCCAUGCUGAGGGCUUGAUACCAUUCUGUCGCGAGAAUCCAGAACUCCGCGUAGAACGGCGCAUCAGCCUGGUUGCCAAUGUCUUUCCAGAAGAAUUCCAAUGCCCCGUUGCCCGCGAGCAAAUGUUUCAGUGGCUAUUCGUUGAGGAUUGCUUCAGACUACUUAUACCUUGGAUUGAGGAAGCCUUGAGUCUGCCUUCCCGCGGGAUGCCCCCUCGCUCUUUUACCCUGGUCAUUGACGGAUCGACACAAGAAACAUCGGAGAUGUGGAGACUAUUGCUAUAUGCUGCAGCCACACAGGAGGCGCGUCUUGAGCAGUGCAGGCUAAACGGAACCGACCUUCAUCCCCGGCCUCUCCUCCGGUAUUACGAGGACUUCUGGUCUCUUCCUAGCAAUUUCGCGGAAACGAUUCGAGACAUCGUGGCAGGCACAUCAGUCGUCAAAUACGAAGGAGAGGUGCAUGAGCCGUGGGAUCAGGAUGUGUUCUCUAUCGAACGCAGGGACUGGACUGAAGAGCAAUGGUAUAACGACUGGGAAAUUAAUGUCCUCCGCCAGCGGAUACCGUCAAAGUUCUACGUGGAUGGAGCGCUUCGAUACCACAUCACACCGUCUCCUAUCAGAACAACGCGACAAAUCGUUAGACAUGGAGCGAUUCGCUCAAAUGAAACUUAG